CGACGGGCGGUACAAGCAGAUUCCAGCUGUCAUGAGCAGAGGAUCUUCGUCACAGUUUUACUUCAUCCUUGGGGUCUUUACGACGGCACCGUCAUCCCUCUGCUUUUUGCGUUUAUACCCGACGGUAAAGUGGAGAUGUACCGCCACCUAUUCCGAUUUUUCUGGGAUAUUCUGGGAGGAAUCGGAUUGCGACACGCACUGAUGCCACCAACGUGUACGUUUCUGUUCGACUUCGAGCUUCCUGCAAUCAAUGCGGCAACUAUCGAAAUGCCGAUCGUGGUGAAAGGAUGUUUUUUCCACUACACACAGGCCAUCAUCCGCCACCAUGAUGUUGCGUCUGAAGGGAGCAGCAUCAAAGAAUCCUGUCAUUGGAGUCUUCUUCCGACGCAUCCAAAUGCUGCCGUUGCUGCACCCACAGUUCCACAGGGUGUCAGAAGCCCUCGUGGUCCCGCAGCCUCCACUUGUGUCGUAGACGGAACACACGGCCCUCCUCCAGUUUAUGCGAUAUUGACAGGAACAACUGGGGUAUUGGAGGAAGAUUUUGGGGACUAUGGGACCAUUCCAGGAACGUUGGGUUACGAACAACCAACAAGUGGUGAUGAACUGAAAAAUCAAGAUAAGUGGGUUACUUAUGGAAAGGACAGAUGGAUA